GCCUUGUAGGCAACAUAUUACUACAGUCAUUUUCGGCAAGCACAUUAAAAUAUUAAAGAAGUGGCCAAGUGCGGUUUCAUUGAGUUGAAAAUGAAGAAUAUUUUCGUAUUGGCCAGUGCCUUGCUAGUCCUAGUAGGUAGUGUAAAUACCGCCAACUUGAGUCAAAGUGCACGCGCCGCCGAUAAUGCCCUAUACAGUCGUUUUUUGUGUCGCAAUAGACAGAAUGGCUUCAAGACAAUAGUGCCUGGCAGUUGCACCAGCUACUAUACGUGUUAUAAUGGUGCAAGCCUACAAAUCGAUUGCCCUUACUACUAUGAUGGUGUGAAAAAGAUGUGCGUCGAUCAAAAUCCAGGUUGUGUUGAAGAUCUUGCUGAAGUUGCGACCGCGCCGAGAGCUAUUAGUGCAGCACCUUGUGAUGGUAUUGUUAAGGGUUACGUUGUUGGUCAAAAUCAGGCGGAAUGGUAUCAGUGUCUCAAUAGUGCUGUGAUAAGUUCUGGCGUUUGUCCCAGUGGACAGGAAUAUAAUUUGAUAUUACUGCAAUGUGAUGUUAAAUCGUCAUGCGGUGGAGCUGAUCAACCAUCAUGCAGUGGAAAUGAUGGAACUACUCCUGCCCCAGCCACUGAAGCUCCAACUCAAACUCCAUGCGCGCCAGCAACUAUCACAACGUCUUGCGCACCAACAACGACUACUACCAUUCGCCCACCAAUAACUACCACAACUACAUGCGCACCAACAACAACUACUACUACUCGCGCACCAAUAACUACUACAACUACUUGCGCACCAACAACAACUACAACUACUCGUGCACCAAUAACUACCACAACUACCAACUGUAACACCAACGGUAACCCCGACACCAUGUUCCCCAACGACAGUUAAGCCACCGUGCACACGAACAACACCACCAUGCACAACAACUCCAUGCCCAACUAUAACUACACCAUGCCCGCAAAGCUCUCUGUAUAUAAACAACGUACCACACGAAACCCCAAGCGAAACAUUACAGUCCAACAUAUUUGUGCGACCAUCUCAGCAAGCGGUCCGACCCAUAUCUGUCUUACCACCGCAAUCUCAUCAAUCUAAUAUGGAUUUAUACAUAAAAUACGUUUGUCAAGAUAAACCAACCGGUUUUAUGCUACCCUCACUGCGAAGCUGCAACGAAUACUUCAUUUGCCGUAACGGUCUUGCACUGAAAGUCAGUUGUGGCAGCGCCUAUUUCAACGCCAUGAAGGGACAAUGCGAUUUGCCGGCGAAUAGCGGUUGCAUACAACCAUAUCAGCAUUGAAACUUUGACUUUGAACUAUAAAUGCCAAUUCAUUUAUGAUAAAGGGAGAAACGAAAACAUAACGAUAAUUAUUGCACUACAAUAUAUACAUACAUACACAAGUUUAUAUGGAAAUGUAUAUGUAUUCGUAAUUUGGUAAAGAUUCUAAAUAUAUAACAUAUAUUAUUGAGCAAGCUAUUCAAGAGAAUGUAAA